AUGAUCAGCUCUCUUUCAAAUCAGCCAAAUAACACCAAACGGCAGAAUUUAUACCAGUGUUACGGCAGCUGUUGGAGAACAGAGGACAGGCGAUCAAGCCAGAAAGCGCUUUGUUCAAAAUUAGCCUGGCUACGUUUGAAUCGUCAGACAGAAGGUGUAAAGAGCUGCAAGAGGAGCGCUGCCUGUUCUGCAUUGUUUUCUAGGCACCCACUGGCCACCUUUUUCCAUCUGUUUUUCCGAGUGAGUGCUAUUGUUACCUACUUGUUCUGUGACUGGUUCAGCAACAGCUUUGUUGCCUGUUUUGUCACUAUUCUCCUUCUCCUAUCCUUUGACUUUUGGUCAGUGAAGAAUGUGACAGGAAGACUCUUGGUUGGUUUACGCUGGUGGAACCAGAUUGAUGAAGAUGGAAAAAGCCACUGGGUGUUUGAAGCAAAAAGGGUAUCUACAAUAGCUGCCUCAACUGAAGUUGAAGCUCGAAUCUUUUGGCUUGGUCUCAUUAUCUGUCCAGUUAUUUGGACAGUGUUUUUCUUUAGCACCCUGUUUUCCUUGAAGCUGAAAUGGCUGGCUCUUGUGAUAGCCGGGAUCUCCCUUCAGACUGCCAAUUUAUAUGGAUACAUCCAUUGUAAAUUAGGGGGACAAAAAAGCAUCAGCAGAGUAACGCCAAGGUUUUUUGUUGCAGCAGAUGUUUCCAAGAGACAGACAAGGAGAAUUUCAGAAAACCGCAUUGAAGAACAUGGAAACACAGCCAGUAGAUAAUCAAAUAAGGACAAACUAAAAAAACUGGAUGAGCAGUAAAAACAUUAAUUUAUGAAAACUGUUCUUCCUAUGAAGAUAUUGAAGUAAAGCUCUCUAGACUUGUGCGUGCAUGAAAUACAGAUUUUCUGUCACUUACAUUUUUAAGGUCUUUAGACUCUAAAAGGUUGGAGGCUAAUGCUACUUACUUUAACUAGAAAUUUCAUCGAAAGGCAGUUUCUAUAGGCAAGAAAAUAGAGCUUACUGUUUAUAAGCAGAGACACUUAAGAAAUAAAUCUGUAAACUGACCUGAAACUUGGAUGGUCUUAACCGAGAACUAAGAUGAAAUAAAAGAAAUGCUUAUUUGAUUAGUUUUGGAAAUACAAUAAAGUUAGUUUUCCCUACUGUACACAGUACUGAUUCCUCAAUAAAAAGUGGAAAUACAAUCACAAAAAGCCUCUUGGUUAUUUAAGAUACUGAGUAUUUAUUGUUUAGUGGUCAGGCUUAAAAUCUAGUAGAAGAAACAAUAUGAAAUCAGGCAGCAAGUUCAUAGAAUGCUUGUUUUGUGAAGCAGCCACAGUUAUGUUUAAAUAAUUAAAAUUAAUCAAUCUUAUUCUGAUACAGUAUUUAAUUUAUUAUAGGUAUGUGCACUAAUAAUUUUAAGUUGCCUAAACUCUAGGAAGAUUUUUAUUUUAAAAGUGAUGCUGAUUAAAAAAAGAGGGGACAAUACUAUACUGAAAAAUCCAUUCUAAAUAUAGAUCUUUUCCACUGAAAGAAAAAGAUACUCAAGUGAGCUUAUUCAGUAAGAGAGGUGAGAGCGCAUUACAAUUAACAUUAGUACACAGUGCAGGAAAAAAAAAUCCUACUAUUGAUUUAGUGACUCAGUUAAGUUUAUAUACAUGUAAGUUAGCUAUAUGAGCUAUAAUGCCCCAAUAUCAGUGAAAUAUAUUUCAUAUUCAAGUUCCUGAAUAAAGUCUUGUAUAUACAUGUCUUCAGAAGCCAACUUUAUAUUCAGUAUUAGUACCAUGACAUUAGAUGCAGAGUGCAUCUUUGUAACACAC